AUGCCGAGGACGGUCGGCGCCGUGCGGGCAGCAGGCCGCGGCCUCGCCGAGCUGUCGCCAUCGUUCGAUCUCCGCCCGUGGGAGGCCGUGCCCGACGUGACGAGACUGUCCGCGGGGGACACGGGGCAGGCCGACCCUGGCCGGGAAAGGACCAGCAUCAUGACCCGCAGCGGCAGCACCGGUAUGCUAGUGCGCCCGAAGGCAGCCGACGCGACCGACUUCAAGAGGGAGCACACCAUGCUCAGGAGCUCCAGCAUCGCCGGAGGCCUGGCGGCUCAGAUCAAGAGCGCCGUUGCUGGAGCAGACCCCCUCGCGCAGGCCCCCGGCGUCCGCCGGCCGCUCAGCCGCACGACCAUCAGCCGCCGCAGGCCCGCGCCCAAG